GUCAAAGAGCAAAAUGAGGACCAGAAUAUGUCUCCAUUUACUAUCACUCUUUCCUUUUCUAUUUAGCGUCUGUUCGCUGGCAGAGCAGGAUGUAGUUAUAACCCUAGAGCAGGGUAAGAUUCAAGGAAUGCGCGAACCUGUUCCGGGUGGGUACGAAGUUGAAAUAUUUCUAGGAAUACCUUAUGCCCGCGCUCCGGUUGGCGAGUUGAGGUUUGCAGAUCCUCAGCCUCCACUAGAAUGGACAGGAAUACGUGAUGCGAAGUCUUAUAGAGCUGUUUGCCCACAAGCACCAUUUCUACCGAAUUUUCAACCGCUCACAGAAAACGAUACCAUUUCUGAGGACUGCCUCUUCCUCAACGUCUACCGCCCGACCAAAUUCAACCACAAGCUACCCGUUAUGGUCUGGAUACACGGUGGCGGUUACUACCACGCGACCGCUAAUUGGUUCGACGGUUCCGUGCUCGCGUCACAUAAUAACGUCAUCGUCGUUACGAUUAAUUACCGCCUAGCCCUGUUGGGCUUCCUGCAUAUCCCUGGAACUCAGCUCCGAGGGAAUUAUGGGAUGCUAGAUCAAGUGCAGGCGCUGAAGUGGGUCCAGCAAAACAUUGCAAGUUUUGGUGGGAAUCCUUCCCACGUGACCUUAUUUGGUGAGAGCUCUGGCGCAGCGAGCGUUACGCUGCAUAUUUUGUCGCCGCUCUCCGCGGGAUUGUUUCAGACCGCAAUCAUAGAGAGCGGUUCAGCGGUCUCUCCCUUUGGCGCAUACUCCCCUCGGGCCAGCAACCACUAUGACGUAUUUAUCGAAAGACUGGGUUGCUUUGAUAAAGAGAACCUGCUAAAUUGUCUUAGAGAGAAACCCUUUGAGGAUUUUGAGCGUGCUGUAGGGGGUGUGGACCCUCGAAUGCCCGGACCCAUGUUCCCUGUCCCAACAGUGGAUAAGGUAUUUCUACCCGACGAACCUGAAGCGUUACUUCUCGCAGGACGAUUCAACAAGAUCGAAUCAGUUAUCAUUGGAUUCAACAAAGACGAGGGCACUUUCUUAUACUCUUCAGCGGAGCCCGUGACCUACGCACCUCCGUCUAUUGGCGCCUUCCACAAAGCCGUCCAUGAAGUCACCCUCACCCAGAACGGCGACGACUGCGAACUUCUCAAGCAGGCGGCUAUACAUAGAUACACUAACCACAGCGACCCCAGCAAUCCAUGGAACUUGUGGGAGAACUGGAAAAACCUCAUGGGAGAUACGUUCUUCUUUGCGCCGGUCACGCGAACAGCGAACAGCUUGGCAAAAGCGGGGAUCUCGACGUAUAUGUACCUUUUUACUCACCGCUCGACGUUUUCGAUGUUUCCGCCUGAAACAGGUGUUUGUCACUUUGUUGAGGUGCAGUACGUGUUUGGGUCGCCAUGGAAACCGAACCCCAAGAUUGGUCUCACAUCCGGGUACACGGAGGUCGAGAGGGGAUUGAGCUCGUUUCUGAUGAAGCUCUGGACAGACUUCGCAAAGAACAGAGACCCAAACGAAACCGUAACCUGGCCCCUAUACUCGGCCGAGCGACAGAAGUACCUCGAAAUAGACCUGGUUACUAGAGUUCGCAGGAUGCCACACGCCGAUCGGGUUGCGUUCUGGAACAAGUUUGUACCUAAGCUAAAGCAGUACUGUCAGGGGAGGGGUGAAACUCCCCUGUAACAGUACAGCGAGCAUAUUGCGGUGUUUCUGAUUGACAUAUGAAAAUAGAUAACAACUGAAAUGCAUUUUAAAGGGCCGAUUUUUACAAAGUUUUUAAAAAACGACUUUUAAAGGGAUGAUUGUAAGGUAAAAUAUGAUUUCAAAAACGAAAAAGAAAACUGAGUCAAAGUAACUUUUUAUGUUAUUAGUUAUAAGUUUGGAAGCCAUAUCAAUCGUUUACAGUUAAUGCUUGCAUAACGAGAGGAUGCUAUUUCGAAGCGGGGCGGAAAAGUUAAUUGCAGAACUAUUAACGGUCCGUUUCACACGUAGUACCUUAUUACACUUUUAAAUUAAGUGAGUGAAUUAAGUGAGUACACGAAGUCUUAGGGGGAAUAUUGGCCGUUUAAUAAGCUUUAUGUAAACACCUUAUCUAGUCAUCUAAUAUACAUAUAGUACGGCAAGGGGUUGAGUUGGACUUGUCGCGAAAUAUCGCCAUCUUAAAAUCGCGAAAUUUUGACGUCGCGAAAAUAAAGGGUAAUAGGGUAUUUACACAACAGCCGUACUCCUGUCGGCGAACAAUAGGAGACCUGCAACUUGUUUCUGACAGAUAUUUGUCUUUCGAUAAGUGGUAAUGUCUUGCUAUGUUAAUUGUUCAAUAAACAAUUGCGAACAGCCA